CGGAGGCGCAGGCGCACGGAGGCGGCCGCUGGGUCAAGUGACUGAGGCGGCGGCUGAAGUGGCAGCGGUGGGAAGGACUCGCAUGGAGUUUCCCCAGCGCGGACCCCGCUGCCCCGACAGGGAAGAGUAGGCGUCGGCGGCAUCCGUGGCGGCCUUGGCGGCGCUGCGGAGACGAAGACGGCGGGCGCAGAGAUGAGCGCGUCAUGGCGGCCCCUCGGGCGGCUGAGGCGGCAGCACUCGGAGGGGAGCACACGGCGGCGCUGCGACAGCGGGCGGGACCCCCUGGACGCUCCCCUGCGCGGACCCGCAGCGCUCGGGCACCGGGAGGAGCCGGCGCACCCUGAGCCACGGUACCACAUCCGGAAGAAGGAUCUCGGCCAAAUCCACCAAGCUGCCAGCGCCGGUGACGUCGCGAAAGUGGAGCAGAUCCUUUCGCUGAAGAAAAAGGUCUUGGAUGCCAGAGAUAGAAAGAAGAGGACUGCUCUCCAUUUGGCCUGUGCCAAUGGCCAUCCAGAAGUAGUUACUGUCCUGGUGGACAGAAAAUGCAAGCUCAAUGUCCCCGACAGUGAAAAAAGGACAGCUCUGAUUAAGGCGGUACAAUGCCUGGAAGAGGAGUGUGCCACCAUCCUGUUAGAACACGGUGCCGAUCCGAAUCACAGUGACGUGUAUGGCAACACAGCUCUUCACUAUGCUGUCUAUGGCGACAACCCAUCGAUCGCAGCAAAGCUCCUUUCACAUGGCGCAAAUAAAGAAGCCAUAAACAAGGAUCACCUCACUCCACUUCUACUUGCUGUAAGUGGAACUAAAGAGGAAAUGGUAAAAUUUUUGAUACAGAAGAAUGCAGAUAUAAAUGCAGUAGAUAAAAUGAACAGAACGGCCCUCAUGCUUGCUGAACAUCAUAACUCACCAAGUAUACUACACCUUCUUGAGGAAGGUAUGGAUGUUUUUUCUGAAGAUAUCUCUGGAAGGAUUGUGAAGGAUUAUGGCACUACUAGUGGUUUUAAUACCAUUCACCACCAAAUUUCAGAAUAUAAAGAAGAAAAGAUACCUGACGAUCUUUCUGAAAACAGCAAUCCAGUGGAUGGAAUUUCUGAAGACUCUACAAUCAGGAACCUGUGCUGUAUUAGACUGAAGAUUAAAAGUUUGAAGACUGCCAUGGAGUCCUCCAGAAGAAGGACCUGGAAUCAGGAGCCCAUAAGAAGGAUGUCCACCUACCCGACUAUUGAUGAUUUAAGCAGUGUCGAUACCAAGGAUGUUUCUGAACCAAACUUAACAAACUUAACUACUGCUUCUCAGCAAUCCAGGAAAAAUUUAGAAGCAAAAUAUGCUACUGUGAGAACAGGUAAGGGAAACGUGUUUGAGGACAAGAUUUCUGAUCAUCCAAAGGAAGAUGUGUUUGAAUGCUUUCCCACAACAUCAGGCAAAGUCCAGGGCUUUUUAAAUCCUUCCUUUCCACCACCUGAGCCUCAGCGGAAACCUUCCUCCGGGUCAUUGGAAAACUGUGGUCUUACAAAGGAAGUAGCAACAAAGCCAGCAUCUGGACAAAAGGAAAAUGGUAUUGGUAUUAUUGAACAUGCUCCGCGAGAGCAAAAAGUAAUGUCAAUUUUAUUUAUGUGCACAAAAAUAACAGAAGUGGUAAGUUAGCGAAUAUCUAUGAUACUCUUUAAUCCUUAAAUUCCAUCACAAAAAAAGACAUUUAAAGUAUGCAGACCCAAAUAUAUUAUCCAUUUCUUUUAAAUAUAUUUCUUUUGCUGUCUU